ACGGCCUGCCGCCCCCCCACUUCUGUUUCACGCUUCCCCCCUCCUUCUGUUUUAUUGUCUUGUACCCUGCUCUAGACAGUCAAGGUGGUCCGUCGAGGUCAUGCUUGACCAUUAGCUAGCAGGCAGAAACUGGGAUGACCAAGAAAAAAUGAUUUACUUUAGGGGCCUUACCUAAAGGGGCGAACUUAUGGAGGGUCAUAUCCAGUGCACAACCCAACAAUCACGGUUCCGCCCCCUCAGUAAACCAAUGGACAGAGCCAGGUUAAUAAUGAAAAGCAGAAAAAGGAGAUUCACUCUGUGUGACCAACCCUUGGGAAGUGGCACCGAGAUAUCCGUCUGAUAACCCUUCCAUCUUUGUGGGUCCUGAAAUGAGGAUGAGGUUUAAAUAGGAGGCAAGAAAAAUGUAGUCUGGCCAAGGUGUGGUCCUGCCUACCAUUUUGCAUCUUUCUCUGGGCUUCAGUCCAUUCCUGUAAGAUGUUCUUACUCACGUUGGCUUGCUUCUUUCUUUCCUCUCAGCCUAAGAUUCCUAGGGGAAAUAUUCAUUCACAGUCUCUCUUUCUCUCCCAUCUCUCCUCUCUCUCGGUGUUCAUUGUUUCAACAAUUUAAUAGAUCAUGAGACCCUGGUAUCUCUAGAAUAUCUUGAUUUCUGUGAGGCAAGUUACAGUGUGAUUGCAGCCAGGUCGAAAUACCCAUCUUCAUGUCAAGUCUACUUUUUACCAUAAAUUCCCUUCUCCGUUCUAUCGGGACAUCUCUCAAGUAUUUUCAUUAUCAUUGUUGAUAGUUUUAUUAUAAUCAUUAUUGAUGCAAAGCUAAGCAUCAAACCCAGAGCCUAGAGAAUGCUCUGGUAAACAAGAAUUCCUGGAAAGAAGCUGUGACUACAAAGCUGUUGACUGAUGUUUUAGGAUCUUGGUGAUUUUUUUAGAACUUCGGUGAUUCUGAUAAGAUGGAAUGUUCCAAGUCCAGAUCCUACUUAUCUUGGCCCAUUUUUAGCCUCCUUAUUAGCCAUUCUGCUCUGUAUGUGACCUAAUGUGACCAUUAGGUAAAUCCUUAGGAAUGUAUAAACAGACCUCUGGUUCUGACCAACUAAAAGGCCAAGGAUUCUGUCAGAUAGCAUUUAGGUCUUAUAGCUGAGAUUUCCUUGCUCUUCGGUGACCUCCCUACCUGAUAUUUCUGCCAAUGUAUUUGAGAAGUGUCUGGACUUAAGAUUUCCUUUCUUUUGUUACUAUAAAACUUACUGGAACUGUUAGCAUGUUAGAACAUGGAAUUUGAGUAACCUAAAUCUGUGUCCCUUAGCCAUUGUCACACAAAUUUGGCUCCAGAAUAAACUAUCUACUAUCCUUCUUUGAGUGUUGAUUCAUGAGUUUUUGCUGUCAGUUCAAGUAACUAGAAAUGGAAAGUUCUGCAAAAGCAGACAAACAUGAAAAGAUGUCUUUUGACAAGGCAAAAGUAUCCAUAGAUUCUGAAACAGCAUCCCCUCCCAGUGUUAAUGAGUCCAAUGCUGCACCUGAGCCGAGGCUUUCUGAAAAGACUCCUACGUGCCAGCAGGCAGAUAAACCAAGAGCAAGGAAAGAGUUUGAAGAUGACCAUGCAGAGGAAAAUUCAAGUUACGUGGAGGAUUCUCCAGCCAAGAAAAGAAAACUUGAUGUUGAAAUCAUCUUAGAGGAAGAGUGCACUGGUGAUAAUGGAAGUGCUUCAAAGAAAAGGAAACUGGAGGGGGGUGAUGUUUCCAAAGAUGAGCCUUCCUCUGGAGAAGUCACCCAGAGAAAGAGAAAACUACAGUCUGAGGAUGCUCCAGAAAAGCGGAAAAAGCUGGAGGAAGGUCACAGUUCUGCCGUCGCUGCCCACUAUAACGAGCUUCAGGAAGUGGGGCUGGAGAAGCGCAGUCAGAGUCGCAUUUUUUACCUGAGAAACUUUAAUAAUUGGAUUAAAAGUAUUCUUAUUGGGGAAUUUUUAGAAAAGGUACGACAAAGAAAAAAUCGUGAUCUAACUGUUUUGGACCUGGGAUGUGGAAAAGGUGGAGAUUUGCUCAAGUGGAGGAAGGGGAGAAUUAGCAGGCUGGUGUGUGCUGAUAUUGCUGAUGUUUCUAUGAAACAAUGUCAACAGCGUUAUGAAGACAUGAGAUGUCGUCGUGAUAAUGAAUAUAUUUUUAAUGCAGAGUUUAUAACUGCUGACUGUUCAAAGGAACUUUUGGUUAAAAAAUUCCUUGAUUCAGAAAUGCGCUUUGACAUCUGCAGCUGUCAGUUUGCCUGUCAUUAUGCCUUUGAGUCCUUGGAACAGGCUGACAUGAUGCUUAGAAAUGCUUGUGAAAGGCUUAACCCUGGGGGCUAUUUUAUUGGUACCACUCCCAAUAGCUUCGAACUGAUAAGACGCCUUGAGGCUUCGGAAACAGAAUCAUUUGGAAAUGAAAUAUACACUGUGAAAUUCCAGAAGAAAGGAAGUUAUCCUUUAUUUGGCUGCAAAUAUGACUUCAACUUGGAAGGUGUUGUGGAUGUCCCUGAAUUCUUGGUCUAUUUUCCAUUGCUAACUGAAAUGGCUAAGAAGUACAAUAUGAAGAUAAUCUAUAAAAAAACAUUUCGGGAAUUCUAUGAAGAGAAGAUUAAGAACAACGAAAACAAAAUGCUCUUAAAACGAAUGCAGGCCCUGGAGCCAUACCCUGCAAAUGAGAGCUCCAAACUUGUCUCUGAAAAGGUUGGUGACUAUGCACACGCAGCAGAGUACAUGAAGAACAGUCAAGUGAGGUUAUUUUAGGGAACCUUAAGUAAGUCAGAAUGGGAAGCUACAAGUAUCUACUUGGUUUUUGCCUUUGAGAAACAGCAGUAAGCACUUAGUUGCCUCAGAACAGCACUCCAUCCCUACAGAUGGAGCAAACCAUCUCAGAUACAUGUGACAGCUGUUUGUUUAUUUGAAUAGUAAGUUCUAAAUGUGGAGGAUGCUGCCAGAAAGUCCAUUGUGUAAUUGACAUUUACUGCUGUGACAGGUUAGCAGUGUGUGUGUGUUUGUGUGUGUGCGCGCGCGCAUGUAUAUAAGAAUGCUUCAUCUUUAAGAUCUAUUUUUAAGUGAUAUUCUAAGAAUUGUUUCCCUCUACUUCGAAAACGAUAACAGAGCACUUCAGAGCAGCUGACCUCUCCACAGUGCUGUGAUUUGCUGAGUGUGUUUACAGAGUUGAAUUUACAACAGCUGUAGAAUUGGCAAAGGAGUGCUAGUUCGCCACCGUGCACUCGAAGUUUUGUUACAGUGUUUUUCCAGAUGUGUUCUAUACAUUUGAAUGUAAGUCUUCACUAUAUAUUGCUAAAGUUAUAAGAUUAAAAUUGGAUUUAACCUGGCUAGAUUUUGUGUUUCAAUAAAGUAACUAUUUGCUAAUACCA